UGACAAUUCAUUUUAUGGCACGUGGAAAUCAGGAUUUUAUCAGAUAGCCAGCCCUUCCUUGAAGUUUCGAUUGAGUUCAGCUCUUUUUCUUCUUUUUCUUUCUUUACAGUUAACAGCUGGCUCGGUGCCCUCUAUCCUCAGGUCUUUCCAUUGAUCCGUAACUCUCCGUGAGCGACGGUUGAGAUUAAUCUUCUCAUUAAUUCCAUCCAUGAUUCCGCACCUCUUAAUACAUGUAGUGCGUCUUCCUCGUCCGCCAUUCAUUAGCUGAAUUGGUUGUCUCGUUGUCCGAGUCGUUAACGAAGGAUGGCAGAGCAUCGGGCCUUACUUGUUACAGUAUUGGCACUAGUACUAUGGCAGACAGGUGGUGGGAUCCAGAGAUGUUGGCGCUCAGCUCUUUGUUGUCUUCUAGAGCCAAGUCGGCUCUGGACAAUAUCUUCUCAUCACUCUUUACGAUAGACUCCCCGCGUGCCCGCCCUUGGAGGCAGCGAGCGAUCUUCCGGCUGGAACUACGACUCGUCUUUUCACACAUGGUGCAUCACAAGCGGCAUCUGCAGACCGUCCUUCCUUCACUUGGAGUGUUCGUAAGAUUUCGACGCAUCCCCCCAUCAUAUUCGCCGACCCUCGUGGGAGCUGACGCGGUCUUGCCCUCUAAGUUCAUUUUUAAAGUUGAGCAACGGGUGACGUUUGAUAGGAACAUAACGAUUAUGCUCUGCACAUAUGCAUAGCGACGAGGAAAGAAUGCGGAGACAUGACGGUGCGUAUCAAUGCAAGGACGACCCCAGGACUUUUGUAUUACAUAUGUGGU